AUGGCGACUGCAGCACCUGUGUCAGAGGACCUGCAACCCUUAAAGCGGAGCCGCAGCUUUGAAUGGCUGCCACCAUCCAUGUCUGAGCUGAGGGUUGUUCUGCUGGGGAACAGCUGGUCUCAGAGGAGUUCAGUGGGGAACUUCAUACUGGAAGAGACUAAGUUCAACACUGAGGAAGAACCAGACUGCUGUCUGACAGAAAGAGGACAGAUAAAGGACAAAGAAAUAGUUCUGAUCAACACUCCAGAUCUGCUGCAUCUCAACAUCUCUGAAGACAAACUGUCAGAACAUGUAGAAAACUGUGAGAACAGAGACAUCCAGGAGCUCUGUCAGAGCUGUGGAGGAAGAUAUGUUGUUCUCAACAUCAAGGACCAGCAGCAGAUCCCACAGCUGUUGGAUGCUGUGGAAAAGACGAGAGUCUACAAGGAUAAACCACACUGUUAUACAACAGGCAUCUUUGCACAUGGCAAGAUGGAUACAAUCCUCCAACAACAGAAACACAUCACCACAUUGCAAGCUGAGCUGAGUGAACUGAAGACAAAGAGCACAGUCACUUGUGAUGAAGAGGAGCAGAGCCCAGAGUGUCUCAGGAUUGUGCUGAUAGGGAAGACUGGCUGUGGGAAGAGUUCUUCAGGAAACACCAUCCUAGGAAGAGAUGAGUUUGAAGCUGCAUCAAGCCAAACAUCAGUCACCAAACACUGUCAGAAAGCAGUGGGUGAGGUGGACGGUCGUCCUGUUGCUGUGGUCGACACUCCUGGUCUGUUUGACACAACUUUGUCCCAUGAAGAGGUUAAUGAGGAGAUGGUGAAAUGCAUCAGUCUUCUGGCUCCAGGACCACAUGUCUUCCUGUUGGUGUUACAAAUUGGCAGAUUAACAUCAGAGGAGAAGGAGACAUUAAAUCUCAUCAAGGAAGGCUUUGGGAAGAAUGCUGAACAGUUCACCAUCAUUCUUUUAACUGGAGGAGAUGAACUGGAGCAUGAUGAGAUGUCUAUUGAAGAAUACAUUGAAGAAACAUGUGAUGAUUCCUUUAAGAAGCUGAUUGCUGACUGUGGAGGAAGAUACCAUGUGUUCAAUAACUAUGAUGAAGACAACCACAAACAAGUCAUUGAGCUGAUAACCAAGAUUGACACCAUGGUGAAGACAAAUGGAGGCAGCUGCUACACUAAUGAGAUGCUGCAAGAGGCCAAGGCAGCUAUAAAGAAAGAAGUGCAGAGGAUCCUGAAGGAGAAGGAAGAAGAGAGGAAGAAGGAGGAGCUGAGAAGAAAAUAUGAGGAAGAAAUGCAAGAGAUGAAAAGAAGAAUGGAAGAACAGAGAGCAGAAACUGAAAAGGAGAGAAAACUGAGAGAAAAACAACUUCAGGAAAAGGAGGAGAAGAUCAACAAGGAACGUGAGGAGAGAGAGAAAGAACAGGAAAUGAGAGAAGAAGAAGACAGGAAGAGAAAACAACAGGAAGAAAUUCAACGACAGGAGUGGGAACAAAAAUUUGAAGCUUUGGAGGAAAAAUUAAAGUUCGANGAUCUACAAAGAACUUGA